AUGACCAGCACGAGUAAUACUAGUAGUAGUAGUAGCAGUAGCAUCAGUAAUGGUAACAAUGAUGUAGCGGAUCAUAACCCAUUCCUAUUACAUGUACAUACGUGCCAGAAUGACAUUGAAGCUGUCACACGUCUGUUGGACAUUCCAUUCUAUCGCGAUCAUAUAGACUUACGCGAUCUUCAUGGUUACCCAGCAUCACACUAUGCCAUCCAUUUUGGAUACAUUGCUAUAUUACAAGUAUUGUUAAAGAAUGGCGCUGACCCAUCAAAGAAGAGUUGUGCUGGUUGGUCAUGUAUCCAGGAGGCAUUGGGCAGGAGGGAUGCUGCAUUGGUCAGUCUACUACUCAACGAAGCAAAGAUAAAGAUUCAGAGGGAGUAUCACAAGAGAGUACCUAAUCUACUAAAGGCACUUAAGGAGAUGCCAGACUUUGAGAUGGACUUGAAAUGGGAGUUCAAGAGUUGGGUACCUAUUGUAAGCAGGUUCUGUCCAUAUGAUAAUUACAAGAUAUUCAAGCGAGGUUCAUCAUUCAGGAUCAACACUACCAUCACUGGAUUCGAGGGCAUCACUUUCAAACGUGGAGAACUAUCAUUCAUCUUCGAUGGCGAUGAGCAGAGAUUGAUGUCUGUUGACUUUAUUAGGAAGGAGUAUGAGGAGUUGUCAUUGCGUGGCGGUGACACAAAGGCCAUUGAGGAUGAGGAGGUGGAGAUUAUGAUGGGCGCAAAGAGUAUCACUAGAGUCAAGGUCCUGCCAGAGACGAUAAAGUUCUCAGCGGCCAAGUCAUGGAUUGGUAAUGAGAAGGUGGAGAAGAUUGGUGCAUGGAAUGCCAAGAUAUUCAAUGUGACAGGUUUCGAUUUGAGGAUCAUGUCCAGGAAGAAUCCAAAUGACAAGGUGGCAAAGAAUGCCACCACUGCGCUGGCGCCAGCGUCGCCCAACCCCAACUCCACAUCACCACAGCCCCAGAUUAGACGCGACAACUUUGACAUUGUGGAACACGAGACCAAUGUUGACAAGUCAAAGAUCAAAUCGCAGGGACUACUAUGUGAGGGCGAGAGCGUCAAUGUCAAGCACAAGAACUUUGAAGGCACAGUGUGGAUCUCGCAGGAGUUCCCCAGGAAGAUCACCGACAUCCUGCCCAUCUUUGAAGUGCUCUCCCCGACUCACAAACUCUUUGGUCGUCUCAGCGACUUUAUCUCACUCAAGUUCCCAUCAGAUGGCUUCCCAGUCAAGUUUGAUAUACCUGUACUACCAACCAUCACAGCCACUGUAACAUUCAAUAACUAUGUGGAGAAGGAAGUGGAUAAGUGUCAGUUCGAACUGCCGUCGGACUUUGUAAAGACCAAGCAGUUAUUAAAGUGA